AUGAGAAAGCAUUCUCUUGAUCGAUGGCUUUUAACAGCCAUCCUUAUGGUUCUUCUUUCGUCUUCCUCAUUCGCCGCGAAAAACGGCGCGAAAAAGAAGAAGAAGAAUAGUAAGGAGGUGACUUAUGAUGGUACAUCUUUGAUCAUCGAUGGCAAAAGAGAACUUCUUUACUCUGGCUCUAUUCAUUAUCCAAGAAGCACUCCUGAAAUGUGGCCUCAUAUUAUCAAGAGAGCGAAACAAGGCGGUUUGAACACGAUUCAAACCUACGUUUUUUGGAAUGUGCAUGAGCCAGAACAAGGGAAGUUCAACUUUUCGGGACGAGCUGAUUUGGUGAAGUUCAUAAAGUUGAUCCAGAAGAAUGGCUUGUAUGUGACAUUGAGGCUUGGACCGUUUAUCCAAGCUGAAUGGAAUCAUGGAGGACUUCCUUAUUGGCUUAGAGAAGUUCCGGGAAUUUUCUUCCGUACAGACAAUAAAGAAUUCAAGGAACAUACAGAGAGGUAUGUACGGAUGAUACUCGACAAAAUGAAGGAGGAAAAUUUGUUUGCUUCACAAGGAGGCCCCAUUAUAUUAGGACAGGUGACAAAACAUACCUAG